AUGACGUGUUGUGUUAUCCAAAGUCUUAUCGUGGUUGUAAACUCAAGAGAUGUUCUUAUGGAAAUCACUCUUCAAGCAUCAUCAUGCGUUAAGCGAAAUAUAAAAGCACACUCAACAACAACUCAACAAGAUAUAAAACAAUUUUUCCACAUUUUCAAUUUUUUACAUGAAUUAUGCAAAAGACGAAAAAGCAACUUUGAAGAUUCGCCACUGACGUAG